GCCGAGUUCCGAUUUGCUUCAACACACUGCUCGAUUUUUUCUAAAGCGUUAAACUUCGAACAGCACUCUGCUCGUUGAAAGUCUUGAACACUUGAUCGUUCUCAAGGCUAUUUUACUCCCGCUCGAUAAUUUGAGAGUCCAGAGAGGAGAAAGGAAGAGACUUUCUUGGUGGGUAAUUGAAAAAAGAAAAAAAUGGAGGAAGAGAGCGAAGUGGUGAAGACGUUCGCAGAGCUCGGCGUUCGCGAGGAGCUAGUGAAAGCUUGCGAGAGGUUAGGGUGGAACAACCCUUCGAAGAUUCAAGCCGAAGCUCUUCCUUAUGCUCUCGAAGGGAAGGAUGUGAUUGGACUUGCGCAAACCGGUUCAGGCAAAACCGGAGCGUUCGCGUUGCCUAUCUUGCAAGCGCUUCUUGAGUAUGUUAAUAACGCUGAGCCUAAGAAAGGGCGUAGACCUGAUCCUGCUUUCUUCGCUUGUGUUUUGUCUCCAACUCGAGAGCUAGCAAUCCAGAUUGCUGAGCAGUUUGAAGCUUUAGGAUCUGAUAUAAGUCUUAGGUGUGCUGUGCUUGUUGGAGGUAUAGACAGGAUGCAACAAACUAUAGCUCUUGGGAAACGGCCUCAUGUUAUUGUUGCAACACCUGGUCGUCUUUGGGAUCAUAUGUCUGACACUAAAGGCUUUUCUCUGAAGACGUUGAAGUAUCUGGUUCUUGAUGAAGCAGAUAGAUUGUUGAAUGAAGAUUUUGAGAAGUCUCUUAAUCAGAUUUUGGAAGAGAUCCCUCGUGAUCGUAAAACAUAUCUAUUUUCAGCAACUAUGACUAAAAAGGUUAGGAAACUUCAAAGAGCAUGCUUAAGGAAUCCUGUGAAGAUAGAAGCUGCCUCCAAAUACUCCACAGUUGAUACUCUUAAACAGCAGUAUCGGUUUGUUGCUGCUAAAUACAAGGAUUGCUACCUUGUGUAUAUUCUCACUGAAAUGCCUGACUCAACAUCAAUGAUAUUCACCAGAACUUGUGAUGGUACUCGUUUCAUGGCCUUGAUGCUUCGGAGCCUUGGUUUCAGAGCCAUUCCCAUCAGUGGUCAAAUGACUCAGUCAAAGAGACUAGGAGCAUUGAAUAAGUUCAAAGCAGGGGAAUGCAACAUCUUGGUUUGCACUGAUGUGGCUAGUAGAGGGCUUGAUAUCCCAUCUGUUGAUAUGGUUAUCAACUAUGACAUCCCCACAAACUCAAAGGAUUACAUUCAUAGAGUGGGAAGAACAGCUCGUGCUGGACGUUCUGGUGUUGGGAUAUCACUUGUAAACCAGUAUGAGCUGGAAUGGUACUUACAAAUUGAAAAACUCAUAGGCAAGAAACUACCAGAGUAUCCAGCUGAGGAAGAUGAAGUGUUGUCAUUGUUGGAGAGAGUUUCAGAAGCUAAAAAACUAUCUGCAAUGAAUAUGAAAGAGUCAGGAGGUAGGAACAAGAGAAGAGGAGAAGAUGAUGAAGAGAGUGAGAGGUUCUUGGGAGGUGGUAACAAGGGAGGUAACAAGGGAGACAAGAAGUCUUCAAAGAAGUUCAAACGAUAAACAUGCCAUCUUUGUAUUGUUUUGUGAUAAACUCACCAAAGUUUUGAUACUAGUAAUUUGUAUUUUUUGUUUUGCUCUUCUUUUAAAGACUCAACUUAUAUGCUAUUAAAAGUUUAGAAGCUCUGGUCUCUGUUCUUCUUAGUGGUGCAUCUGCUGUUUUUAUUUUCUUAUAUUUACAGAAACCUGUUUAACUGUUA